AUGAAGGUCAGCGAUGUGGAGGACAUCGGGGGGGAGAGUGUUCUACAGAGAAGUUAUUCUUUGACCUCAAAAAGUUUGGAGAACAAUUUCAAUUUUUUGGAAAAAUUCUGGCUAAAAUUGAGGCCCUAUUGUGGAAUAGGAACUGUAAUUGUGUUCCUACUCGCUUUUCAUGGAUUUUUAAGUAAGUCCGUCUGUCUGUCUAGAUGUCCAGAUGUCCUUUUUGCAGUCGCCGCCGGCAUCCAUAACUACCAAAAAGCGGCACCUCUCAUCUACAUAACCCUAUUCCUUUGGCUAGUUUUUGUUUUGAACUUUCUGGUGACCACUGAAAAAUUUCAAGUCAUAUACACCGAUUUUUCUCAAAAAGUGACAGAGUUUGUGGAGCAAAAAAGAUUCGUACCAGUAGGUCUCAAAAUUGGAUUCAUUUUGGCGUUGCUGGCAUUCACAAUUGUGGAUUCAAUUCAUGAUAUUUCUAGACUUUUCGGGUUUUUCGCAUAUAUUUUUUAUAUUGCGUUCAUGUUCGCUUUUUCGAAUAAUCGGAUGAAGAUCAACUGGUCCGUGGUCUCCAGCGCUCUAAUUAUGCACUACUGCUUGGCACUAAUCAUUCUUAAGUGGUCAACAGGCCAAUGGUUUUUUCAACAAAUCGCUAAAUUGAUAGUUGGAUUUCUGGAAUUCGCUCAAGUCGGAGCGAAAUUCAUGUUCGGCUUUAUUGCUGGUCCUCCGAAUAUCUGUGAUUUGGCGCCAGUUUUUAUUUUCACCUCUCUUCAAACUUUGAUCUACUUCUCUGCAGUUGUAGCACUACUUUUCUAUUUUGGAAUCAUUCAAGUAGUCCUGAAAAAGAGCACAUGGUUCAUGAAAGUGCUCAUAGGGACCACACCAGUGGAAUCUGUAAAUGCGUGGGCGUGCACGUUCCUGGGAAUGACCGAGGCUCCGCUGAUGAUCGCUCCAUACUUUGAAAAGUGCACGGAUUCUGAAAUCUUUGCGAUUGUGACUAGUGGAUUCGCAUGUGUAGCUGGUACUGUAUUCGCAGCUUACGUGGCUCUUGGAGCCUGCCCAAUCUACUUGCUCACUGCGAGUUUGUUAUCAGCUCCAAUGUCAUUGGCCUGCUCGAAAAUUAUGUUUCCAGAGGUGGAAGAAACAAGGAUAAAGGAAGAAGACUUCCAACUAGAUCACUCUCACAAAAAGGGAUUUUUUGACACUUUAUGCUCCGCGGGAGUUUCCAUGGUGCCUACCGUAUUCGCCAUUGGAGCUACUCUAGUUGUCAUUAUGUCACUUUUAGCGCUUCUGGACACUGUUAUGAAUUAUAUUGGAGAUUUGAUUGGAUACGAGGGAUGGACAUUUCAGAUGUUGUUUGGUUAUGCGUUCUUCCCAUUGGCCUACAUUAUGGGAGUCACUGAUGAUGUUAAUCAGACGUUGUUAGUGGCUCAACUAAUGGGUACUAAAACCGCUGUCAACGAAUUUGUGGCGUACAACAAUUUAGGAAACCUUCAGAAAGAUGAAAAGCUGCAUGUAAGUCCAGAAGCUUUCAGAUUCUUCCAGAAUAUCUACUUCCAGAAAAAAUCCAUUCUGAUUGCCACGUAUGCUUUAUGUGGAUUUUCCAACUUUUCAUCUAUGGGGAUGUCUAUUGAAUUUUUGGGAGGCCUGGCGCCUAGUAAACGGUCCACCGUAUCGAAUUUGGUGUUAAGGGCACUUUGUGCAGGAUCAAUUGCAUGUUUUAUGAAUGCUACUGUUGCAGGAAUUCUGGUAUCGUCUCCAGAGUCAUGCAAAGCUGCUCAACGACCUGACUGCUUCAGAAUUCCAAACUCGUAA